AUGGCAGAAGAAGUGGAGGGGGUGCUCUGUACCUUUAAGGGCUGCAGACUUAACUUCGAUUCCGUCGGCGAGAUGCAACAUCAUAAGGCCAAUGCGGACAAGCAUUCUUACUGUAUGAAAUGUGACCUCAACUUCCAGUCUCAGCAGACCCUCCAUCUACACAAGAUUAUGAGCGACCGUCACUUUGCCUGCCCCGAAUGUUGUCUUGAGCUCCGCAGCGAGGCUGGUCUGGAAGUUCACAUGAGGAACAACCAUCAUGAAGGUCGUGCAAUCGCUUGCAUGGGUUGUGGUUGCAAGUACAAGUCCGCUUCUGCAGUCAUCAAACAUAUCGAAGACAGAGAAUGCCCUGUCCUUACCUUGCCCACAAAGUCCCUCGGGGGCACCAACUAUGACCUUCAGGGCGCAACAAGCGUUCUGACCAUGGGCAGAGAUUCUCCCGGACCGCAGUCCCCGCCAUCUGAUAGCUCUAACGAGGACCCAGAUACGGAUGGUGGCGUUCUGCUGGAUCUCUCUACACCCCGCAUGGAAGGAAAGCGCCCUGCUCGCGAUACCGAUGAUGCAAUUAAUCCUCGUGAUAACUGGCCCGACCUAGGCGCUCCAAUGACCCCAGGCAAAGAACAAGGAGGAAGCACCUCCACUGAAUCGCCCGGGGGUGUUCUCAUCGAUGAUAUUGUCGGUACCUCAAUGCGCCAAGUUAAUCCUUUCCUGUCUGCUCAAGAAGCCAUUGAGCAGUCGAGCGAGGCAGGGCCCUCUGGAUCUACUCUAGCUGUCCAAGGAGCAGGCCCUUCUAACUAUGUUAAACCAGCACGUUGCCGAGCCAUGGCUCACCGCAAGAUCCAAGGCGUGGACCCCGAGAGCUUCUGGAAUCAUGAGAAAUCUCGCUACUACUGCAACUGCGGUUCAUCCUUCUUGUACGUCACCACCUUUGAGUAUCAUCUCACGAUGGAGGAUGAAACAAUCAACGAUUGCCCUCGAUGCUUCAAACGAUUCAGGACCCUCGCCGCACUCGUCGCGCACAUGGAGGCUCGAUGGUCUAAAUGUGCUUUCCGUGUGACCACUGGCCAAAUUGAACAGGAACUCAGUGAAGUUACUCGUGGCUUUGUCGAUAUCCCGCAGAUGACCAGUGAUGAAAUGGAGCCCGGGGAGAUCGCUUUCGAUAUGAGUAGCCAGCCUGAGCAUAAUACUCCCGGUUCUUCGGAUGUAGGCGUCGCAUCUUUGAGUGCAGGUGAUGUCUCUUCGAAUGGAGAUGAUGUUUCUUCGAAUGCAGAGGCUGUAUCUUCCAAUGGAGGGGACGCUUCCUCAAACGUGGACUCUCUAAUGGAUGAUCUGGAGGGACUUGUCUUUUCCAAUACGCAAGACGAUGAUGACGAGGAGGAGCUUUAA